AUGGCGGACAGCUUAAACCUGUUGGGAGUGGUUGGCACCUGGGUAGCUGCUGUCAUUGCAAUUAUCGCGCUCGCCGGCAUCUUGCCUGUCUAUGUUCUCUACCGACAGUCUCAGACAGAUCGCCAUAUUGCGCUCAACAAGGUGCAUGACCCUCAUAAGACGUACAUAACAGCGGGAUACCUGCUAUUGCCGGGGAGGCGGUUCUUUCGAUCAUACAGUGUGCCCGACCUGGCAGACCCUCCAACAUGGUCACAGCUUACGAUUGUUGCAAGGCGGCGCUGCGAGGGUUUUGGAAAAAAUGUUUUACGAUCUUUGACGGGGUGGGUGAAUUUUGUCAAUGUCCUGCAGAUAUACAACAUCAAGCCAGCAGUUUCCAAGGGGAAACUGACCUUCGCCGGUCAAGAAGCCUUGCUGCCUGUCCAUCGCGGUUGGUUGUUGCUGCUGGGAAUAAUUGACCGGUACUCGGAUCAGUGGAAUCGACCCGACAAGGGCCUGUUUGUUGGUGAAGCAGAAGAGGCAGAUAUGGAUGAGUUUGGACCUGGGGCCAUCUUUGGCAUAAGCGGCGUACUUGAACGUAUUGUCGCUUCGCCGUUACGGCAGGGCGAUGUUGAGUCUGGACAAGGACCGGUGGAUAAAGUAGCUUUUCGCAUGCAUUCCGUACAGCAUAUGGCCAGGGUAUCAGAGUCUUUUCUACAUGGUGACGAUAUGCCUAUUUCAUCGCUGGUUGCCUUGUAUCUUGGCUAUCUGGUCAGCGUUGAUGGGAAAGAGCAUUAUGACCUUGAGACGCCGGGCAAAAUGCUAACUGAGUAUGUUUCGGCGCACCGUCGUGAUCCAGAUGGGGAUAAUUCUCAUAAGAUCUGGGUCUGGGACCAGAAACCAAUGGACAGUCUACCGUCCCAACAAAGAAGACUGAUGCAAGAGCUUGGAAUUAAACUGCCGCGAGUCCUGAAGCUGAAAGAAAUCGCAGCCCCAAACCAAGCCAUCUUCAGCCAGAUGCCCCGUGAUGCUGCUCAAAGUUAUCAAGUUAUUUCGCACAAGGGGGAAGGAAUUUGGAUGACUCGGUCCAGUUUACAUAUACUUGUGCUUGCGGUUUUGAGACUGAAGAUUACUCAACAGUCGUUUCUGUUCGACAACCCACCGCUUGACCACGACAUAUUGAGUCAUUUAUUUGACUCGCGAAAUUUACUGACCUUCGUCAAGACGACGGAAAAGUUUGUCAGGAACUUGGAUGCCCUCACACAAAGGGAAAAACAGGAUUUGGAACAAUCAUUGCUGAGUGUGAAAGAAAUGCACCCGAAGACGGCGCCGAGAUGGGAUGGAGCCGUACGAGAAUGA